GCGUGCGCCAUGGACCUGUCGGUGGGGUACGUGGCCAGAGGCCGGACGCUGCUGGCCAGACGUAUGAUGGCUCAACCCGAUUCAGAUCUAGAAGAGGAUGCUCUGAAGGAGGAUUUGAAGUUUUACUUCAUGAACCCAUGUGAAAAAUACAGAGCCAGACGUCAAAUCCCAUGGAAACUGGGUUUGCAGAUUCUAAAGAUAGUUAUGGUUACCACACAGCUUAUUCUUUUUGGUUUGAGUAACCAGUUGGUGGUUUCCUUCAAAGAGGAGAACACUGUUGCCUUUAAGCAUCUGUUUCUGAAAGGCUACUCAGGGGUUGAUGAAGAUGAUUAUAGUUGCAGUGUAUACACGCAGCAGGAUGUUUAUGACAGCAUUUUUUUUGCUAUUAAUCAGUACUGCCAAUUAAAGAAUAUAUCCCUGGGCACACUUGGUUACGAACAAGAUGAAGACGAUGUGUCAGGCUUACAGAUCUGUAAACAACAGUACAAGAAAGACACAAUGCUUCCUUCCAAUGAUACGCUGAACAUAGAUGUUACCAUUGAAACAGAUUGUAUUCAGCUAGAGCCACAAAUGCUAGCCACUAAGAGGUCUGGUGAUUUGAAGAUGAUAAAUUCAUCAUUUUUCAACUUCGAAUUUUAUAGGCUUAUACAGGUUGAAAUCUCCUUUCAGCUUAAAGGCAUUGAUCUACAAACUGUUCAUGCCAGAGAAUUGCCUGACUGCUACGCCUUUCAGAAUACUAUUACUUUCAACAACAGAGCCCACAGUGGUAAAGUAAAAAUUUAUUUUGAUAGUGAUGCUGAUAUUCAAGAAUGCAAAGACUGGCAUAUAUCUGGAUCUACAGUUCAGAAAAACACUCAAUAUAUUUUGGUUUUUGAUGGAUUUGUCAUUGUAAGCUGUUUUGCUUCCCUUAUACUCUGCACACGAUCCAUUAUUCUUGCUCUGAAAUUGCAGAAAAGAUUUGUGAAUUUCUUCCUGGAAAAGUACAAACGUCAUGUUUGUCAUGCUGAUCGUCUGGAGUUUAUAAAUGGAUGGUAUGUCCUGGUAAUUAUCAGUGAUGUGAUGACAAUCAUUGGAUCUAUAAUGAAAAUGGAAAUAAAAGCCAAGAACCUCACAAGUUAUGAUGUUUGCAGCAUCUUACUUGGAACAUCGACUUUGUUUGUUUGGGUUGGAGUCAUCAGAUACUUAGGAUAUUUCCAGACAUACAAUGUGCUCAUUUUAACAAUGCAAGCAUCAUUGCCCAAAGUUCUAAGAUUUUGUUGUUGUGCUGGGAUGAUAUAUCUUGGCUAUACAUUCUGUGGCUGGAUUGUAUUAGGGCCUUAUCAUGAAAAGUUUGAAGAUCUGAACACAGUUGCUGAAUGUUUGUUUUCUUUGGUCAAUGGUGAUGACAUGUUUGCAACAUUUGCUCAAAUCCAGCAGAAGAGCACCUUGGUGUGGCUGUUCAGUCGAUUAUAUCUGUAUUCCUUCAUUAGUCUAUUUAUAUACAUGAUCCUCAGCCUUUUUAUUGCACUCAUUACAGACUCUUACGACACCAUAAAGAAAUACCAGCAAAACGGCUUUCCAGUAACAGAUCUUCAUGAAUUCCUUAAAGAAUGCAGUAGCACAGACUAUAGUAAAGAACCACAGGCUUCCAUGCCCUUCAUCUGCUGUUGUAGGAGACGAGGAAGUGAUGACAAUUUGAUACUUAUUAACUGACAACCUACUGCUGAAAGUCACUGCUCAAGAAUGUUCAGAAAGAACAAACUGUUGUGGAAAAACAACCCCCCAAAUUUCAAGAUCUGUCAUUUGGGGCGAUUUCCUUGUAAACAUUAUGACCCUAUUUACUUAGGUAGUUUGGGGAGGCGAGCAGGGCAAAAAGCUGCUAAUGGCUGGUGUCAGCUGGCUGACCAUGUUGGAAGCUCAAAAGCUACCUUUAUUUGGACUAGAAUUAUGAAGAACUGAUGAUGAUUCUCACUCUGUGUUCUACUGUCUUUAGUCCUGAACCUGAGAGACGCUGUCUGUGGGAACUCAGCACUUUCUUCAGAUGCAGCCCCAAACUAACCAUCUGAUUCUUAAAUAUUUAUAUUAAGAAACAUAUUUAAAAAGAAUUAAACACACUUGUUUUUAAGUAGAAUGUUGAAUAUUGAAAUUAUUGGUAAGGAGUGUUUCAGGUCAUUCAUUUAAAGUGAUGUAUUGGAAGUGGAGAUUGUAAUUCCUAUUUGGUAUAAAACAUGAUUCAGUUGCUUGAAAUAAAUUUGUGUA